AUGAAAUGUGAGUGAACCAUGACGCUGCCUCUGCUCAGUGUGUGUGUCUGUGUGAGUCUGUGUGAGUCUGUGUUGUGAUGAAGUUUCAAUCUUUCUAACUCAGCCAUGGCGACUAGAAGGAAGCGGACACAAUCGACGUCAAACUCGGUUGACAAGCGGCUCUGAGUCCCGGCAGAUCACGGACUUUAAUGGACGAUGUGAAAACUGGACCGAACCGGGACUGACGCUCCUGCCUCCAGCGGUAAGUCACCCUCCUCCUCCUCCUCCUCCCCGGGUCCGAUGCCUCCGCGGGGCGACGCGAGCUACAAGCCGGCGCCGGUGUCCCCUGCUCCGCCCGUCCCGCCGAGGAGGGUCAGGAGCCGGGACAGGGGCUCCGGCAGGACGCGGCGCUCUGGGGCAGAGGCAGGGGCAGGGUCGGCGGAGAGGCGGGUGAAGUGUGUGCUGGUGGGGGACGGAGCUGUGGGGAAGACCAGCCUGGUGGUCAGCUACACCACCAACGGAUACCCCACCGAGUAUGUGCCCACCGCCUUCGACAACUUCUCAGCUGUGGUGUCAGUGGACGGGCAGCCAGUCAAACUACAACUGUGUGACACAGCUGGACAGGACGAGUUUGAUAGGCUGCGUCCUCUGUGUUACACCAGUGCAGAUGUCUUCCUGCUGUGCUUCAGUGUUGUCAGUCCCGCCUCUUUCCAAAACGUUCCUGAAAAGUGGGUCUCAGAGAUUCGCAGACACGCCCCGUUCGCUCCACUCGUUCUGGUCGGGACACAGUGUGACCUCCGAGAAGAUGUCAAGGUUCUCAUUGACCUGGCGAGGUAUCGGGAGCAGCCCAUUGAGCCAGCAGACGCCUGGGACUGUGCGAUGGAGAUCGGAGCGGUGGCCUACAUGGAGUGCUCCUCUUUGACCCAAAAAAACCUUAAAGAAGUGUUUGACACAGCCAUACUGGCCAGUCUGCAGAACUACAGCUCCCAGAAGCUCCCGAGAGGGAAACAAAAACGACAGAAAAAGCAAAGGCAGACACCGGACAAGAUGAAGAGUCUGUCAAAGUCAUGGUGGAAAAGGUACUGUUGUGUGGCCUAGAGCAGACCUGUGAUCAGAUUGGGUCUCGCUGACUCUGAACCUCCGUUGACUUUAUCCUGGUCUGGAUUCUGCUGAGUUUGGGUUCUACCCAGACUCGCUUCCUCUGUAAUGGAGCCUGAUGUUGAGCAGGAUCUCGACUGGAGUGUGGCUGAGAACCAAAGUAAGACUGUCAUGCAUCUCAAAUUCUUUAGAUUGUCUUUAGAGAUGGGUUUUAGUCUUAUCAUGGAUGAGAUUUACUACUGAGCCCAGCCUGGUUCUAUUAGACCCCAGAAAACCAAGCAGUGCUCCUGUGGGUUUUUGUGCUGACAUUUCCUUUUUCUCUAACCUGGUUUUAGAUCCAGUUUCUGAGCUGGAGAAGCUGCUCCUCGCUCUCCUGAAAUGUCACUGGUAUGAAACAGGAGUUUUUAUGUGUGACAAUGUUGUUUAGACUGUUUCAGAUAGCCUUGUUUUGUCGGUCAGAGGGACGUGGCCUGUCCUCAGACUACAACUGUAAUUGUUGGUGACCUUAACAAAACUACAUUCACACUUAUUUUUAUAAUAGUUUCUAACUGAAUCUGACAAUACUUGUAAAUAUUAGGGAUGACUGAAAUCGAUUGGCUGUCAGGGCAAACCUUGUCUUUAUAUACAUAAUGACAGUAGAGCAGAGCGAAUCGUUUCAUCACUGAAUAUGAUUAAUGUUAGAACUUAGUCAACAAGUAUAGCCCGUGGUUAAUUUUAGAGCUUUUUUUUAUCACUGGGGUGAUUGUUUUCUAAUGAAAGAACGCAUUUCAUUAAGCAGCUAAUAAUUUUAUCCCGGUCACAUGUGGUGCAGCCAGCAAACCUAAUCUGGAACCUGCACCAUGGUUAAUAUCUGACUCUGUUUUUUGAUUUAUUUACCUUCCCCCCAGAGUGAAGCCAGACUAAGUUUGGUCAAUGAAAAACUUUACACUCUCUUAAGAAUAACAUUUUAUUUUCGUGGUUCAAAAUCAACACAUGCAUUUCUUAACUCCAACCAAAAUAAGUGGAGAGUUAAACCUACACACAUAUCUUAAAAAGCAGCAAAGGAUGCUGAACAAUGAAACAUGUCCAGUCUGUCUGAAUAUAUGAUGAAAACAAAAGCACCACUUUCAAAGUUUUAUCCCGUAGUCAGGGACCUGCUUCAGCUCUCCACUGGUAGCUGUGCCAGUUUAUCAUCCUCAUCUGUCUGACCUUGUCACUGUAAGAUUGUACAGUCUGAGAAAAUUGAUGUGGUUUUGUUAAAUAUAAAUCUUUGUGCGGCUGUGGUGGUUAGCUGUAGUCAGGUUAGCACUUGAUCUUAACGGGAGGGGAAGACAUUUUGCAGUUUUAGUGUUUUGCUCCUCUUCACCAUGAUCAUAUUGGAUGAAUGUUGAAAUAUAAAACUUGCAUCAGCAGACAACAAAAACUAAAAAUUAGUUUUAGGUAUUUGUUCUGCUUUGCUGCAUGUUUGACUUAUCUUAUAAGAUGCAUAAGCCUUAAGCAUGAGCACUAAAUAUGAAUUCAACCAAGUGCUCUUUGCAUGUGUUUGAAUUUACAAAAUAAACUCAGCUGUUUGACUGUGUCAGUUUGUAGCAAGAAAAGAGCCGAAUGAAAUAAACACAGUUUAAAUUUUUUCUUAGGCCUUCAAUGCAAUUGUGUGUGUAAGACUGUGAAAUUUCUACCAUGUACAUAUUCAGUGAAAUAUUUUCUAAGUAGCUAUAAACUACAGUUUGAUACGUCUUGUUUGUUGCUCUACAUUUGCUCCAUUUACCCUAAAUCUGAUCCUCUGCGUUCAUUAGCCACAGGUCACGCUACAGAGACACCCAUUGUCCACCACGUGUCUGCUGUAUGCUCUGUCAGCUCUGCAGCCUGUUCACUCUCAAACAGAUCACAUUUUAUAUGUUGGUAGAGCAGAAAUAAACAGGCAAACUGAAACACUAAAUGUGUAGUAACACUCAGCUGCCACACCUUCCUUUGUGCUUUAACACAUGAGCACAAGCCCAGCAUUUAAAACUAUCUCUCCACAGUGCCUACAAGUGAAUGGCCCUUUGUAUUUUAGAGUCACUGCAGCAGCAGGAAAGAAAGAGGUUUAAGUCAGACUGAAGCAGAUCCGCUGUGGUUCAGCAGCGUAACCAAACUGUGGAGCCCCUAGUUCCGAAAUUUAUUUUUUUAUCAUGUUUGCACAACAUAAUGAAGCUGAAUGUGCACACAGGGAAAAACAUAUUGCCUUUUAGGACUCUAAGGGUUUUCAGUUUACAUUUCUUAACUCAAACUUAAACAUAAAUCUUUAAACAUGUCUGACUAGUAAGAAAAGUUUCUGAGACUGUUGUAAUGUAAAAGUGAAGGUGCAACAUCGGUCUCCACCCAGCAAUAAUUCAUGUGUAAAUAUAUUUUAUUACUAGUAAGUUUCUGACCAUAUCUCUUUGAAAGUCAACAAUAACCCUGAUCCAGAGGGGGAUUCAGUAAAUCCGGGGCUGAAGGUGACUCAUAUCUCAUGUUUCUGUGGAGAAAUAUAUGUUAGCCCAAAGCUAAAGGACCUGUUAUACAUGAGCUACCAGUAAUCUUAUCCCAAGUGUGAAAGUGGAGUAGUUUUCUGGAAAAAUGUUUUUACCUCUUUCUUUCAAGCAUGUGGUUCAAAGUUAGUUUCUCUACUGGUGUGAAGUGGAGUGAGCGGUUGUGUGCCUUGAAAUCAUCACCAUAAUUAUUUUGAAUGCAACUAUACUAUGAAGAACUGGUGAAGAGUUUUAUCUAAAUCAAUUCAACAAACUGAGAUUUUUCCAGGUGAGGUUCAGACACCAAAACUUAUUCCAGAUUGUUUUCACCCUCUACCAAGUCUCACAGCUAAAACUGCAUGUUGACACCAAGAUACAGUUUCAAAAGGAUUAUCCUCCAAAGACGUCCUCAUGUAACCCAAACUGAUCCUGCACCAGCACUGACAGUGUUGCUCUUCAAGACAAAUCUGAGAAAAGGCAUCAGGUUGAAACAUUAUCCUUGUGUUGCGUUCAGGUGUUCACUGUAAAUCUGGGACUCCUGAUUUUAGGACCGUGCUCCGUUGGAGCUGUGUGGUUGAUUUCUGUUGAGGAUGCUACUGCUGCGACUCAAUGGGCUCACUGUGUCCAUGUUUAACUUCAUGAUAGCAAAUGUAUUGUUUCUUACUGGGGGGAGAGGCAUAAUAAGUUGCUUGUCUCUGUGUUUGUCUGCAGUCUUGGUCGAUGGUUGGAUUUAAUUUGACCGAAGGUCACGCAGAUCUUUAUGAUCGCCUGCAUUUCCUCUGUCACGUUUUUUUUUUUUCUCAUCACAUUGAGUUUUGUUUGCAUGCAGCAUGUGAUGCAGGCCUGCUUUUCUAUUGAGGACAUUAUAAAAUCAAUCAUUUCUGUUUAAAUACAUCAAAACAGCACAAAUUACUUCUUGGUAUGUUGCCAUUUGAUUAAUCCACAGUAGCUUGCAUGUGUCUGAUGAGGAUUUCAGACAGAAAGUGUCUUUGUUUAGGUUCUUCUCUCUUUAGCCAGUCUAUAACACCCAUACACGGAAAUUAUCAUCUUCUCUAAACUACACACUUGCCUUGACUGACAUUUUUGGAGUAAUGUGAUGUGCUGAGAUGUAGUUUAACAGUAACACAACUAGAUGAGAUCCAUAGAACCAGCAAACUGACUCAAUAAUGUUUCUAACUAAAGUUUAAAAAAAAAAACGACUAGUUAUUUCAGACCACGUUCGGCUCCAGCAGCGAAACCUCUGACUGUGUUGAAUUAAACAGUGAAGCAUGUUUCUGCUUAUCGAUUCAUUAUUUUCAUGUGCAGGACUGAGGUUGUGUAAUUUCUUCUUUGAAACCAGAAUUGGCUGGUUGAUGCUCAGCAGUGUGUGUCCUGUAUGACAGAUGUAUGGCCCUGGAAUGUAGAACAGACAGGUCUCUGGAAGUGAACUAUCCUGUGUUAUAUGGAGACAUGAUGGUGAGUGAGUAUUGUGCUGCAAAGCUGGUGUUUUGGUGAAGGUAAGAUAGAAAUGUCAUUUUUGUGUGUUUGGGACAAAGUCUGUUGCUCUGAUUGCCAUUAAGAAAUGUACAGGUGUAUAUAUAAAGACAAUGGCUGACCUCAGAUUCAGCUUCAGUGAUUUAUUUGUCGUCUGGGCAGGAUUUCCUUCUGCACAAAAGAAUAAAUGACAAGUUUACUUAUAAUUAAAUCAAUUAUUACAUUGAUCAAAGUUGGUGCAGGUUUGCCUAUGUGCUACUUGCAGUAGUGCUCAAAUCCUCUCAGUGUGGAUACUUGAAAUACGUUUUCAUUUUUUAUUUGCUUCAGUGUUUAAUGGUGGAAAGUAAAAGGGGAAUUCAGGUAUUUUCUAACCCUAUGUUUAUAAAUGUGGAUGUGUAGAUUAAUGGCCCUUAAAACUUUUGGAAUCUUUCCAAUAUACCCCCUCCACCCGCAGCCCUAGCUACAAUGUAAUCUUAUGGGGCAACUGCGACAUUCCAUGAAAUGUCCUCUCAAAGUGCUUUUUCACCAAUAAAAGGCUCAAAUGUUAUAUGAUUACAUUCUAGCCACGGCUGCUGUGUUGCACGGUGAAGAUAUACUAAACCAGAUCAAUAAUUCAUUUUCACACCCACUUAGGGCCCUGGUUUAAAAAAUACUGUAAUUCCCCUUGAAGACAAGUCAUCCAGAUGUGCACGAUAAAACUGAAAGGUUUUCUGUUUUUUGUUUAAUUUUAGCAAAUCCAUUAUCACUCUUUAUUUAACAUGGUAGUUACACCAAAUAUAAAGCCAGAUUAGAAAUCAUUCAUUGACAUUGUACAACAACAUGAAUUGCACGUGAACAUUUAGCCCAGACUUAAAUCCAGAAGAGACAACCUGGGGAAAUGAACGAAACAUUUCAUUCUUGAGAUUUAAUUAUUUUCUCAUUGAGCUUGAUACCAACAGUAACACAGCUGAGCUCACUGACAUGGAACACCAGCUGAGAACUUCUCUUAGCAAACCAGUGCUAUCGUUCUGUGUAAACCACCACUGUGUGUUCAUUUUUCCUGCAAAUGAAAACAUGGUAACAGAUAAUACGCUGCUGCGAUCUGUUCGAUCGAAUUCUCUGUUGAACUGAGGAUGUCAAACAAAGGAAGAUGUGUUUGUACAAACGUUUUAUACC